AUGCGCUCUCCCCCGAAGCGCCUGACGAGAGCCAGGGCCGCGACCAAGGAGCCCGAGGCAGCGUCAUCGUCGUCGUCGUCAGCAUCAAGAUCAUCGGCAUCAUCGAGGCCUGCCAAGACAGUCACAGCUUCCGCCGCAAAAGCCAGAGGCCCCCUUUCGUCGUCUCUGACCGCGAGCACGGCGAGCACGGCUGCUAAGAGGAAGACGAGGUCCGACGACGCGGAGGAGGAGCAGCGCCAGGCAUCAUCGCAGGUCAAACGUCCACGAGGCCGCCCACCGAAGAAGCCCCUCGGCGGAGAGCAGAAGGGCGUCGCCAUGACAGCUCCUGUCUCAGCUCCGAUUGCAUCCAAGGCCGCUGAGCCACCCGAGCCGGUAAAGAGGGGCCGCGGGCGCCCGCCAACAGUCAUGAAGCAGGCAACCUCGACGACAACAGGAGCCAAUAAGCCCCCGGUCAAGAAGAUGGUCACGUUCCGGGAGCCCGACAAGGAGAACAUGGAGCCCGCCGCAGUGCCAAAGGAGCCUCCUCCUCCCACCGGCAUGCGCGGUCGUCCAGCAAGGCGAGGCGGCGCGGCUGCUGGUCGACCCGGGCGACCCCCCACGAAAGCCUCAAAGCCCCAAGCCGGAGACAAAAGGCCACUGAGCCCUAAGAAGAUUACGCAGCUGAUUCUUUCGCGAACCGACUCGGCAGACGAGUCCGAGGACGAGCUGGCGCUGGAGAAGGUGAAUGCGAAGCCGUUGGCAAAGAGCCCGAUCAAACCCCCGUCAAAGAAACCAGAACCGAUUCCCGCCGAGAUUGAGCCCGUGGACACGAACAUCGCCGUCAACGCAAUGAUGUUUGAUAUGCCGGAGAUGAGCACGACGCUCUUCGCAUCGCCGGCCAGGCGGCCUACUUCGCCGCCGCGGGAUACCAUCAAGUCUCCGGCCAAGAGGAUGGCGGUGCCCCUGCCCGGAUCCGCGCUCAAGCUGAGUAGCGAUGCUGUUGCCCAAACGCCUUUCAAGUCAUCGGCACCAAGCCUUUUGCAAUCGGCCGCCAAACGGCCGCAGUCUCCGAUGAAGCCCUUUGUCUUCUCUGCGCAGCAGGAGCGGGCGGGCGAAUCGUCAACGAAGCCUUCCAUGCUCCACUCACCGGCGAAGCGGGCGAUGCCGGGCUUCAAGCCUGUCUUGAGCGCGCAUCGAGGACUUCCGGCGCUGGAUGAGACUCCUGUGGGGACUCCGACGCGCGCAGCCAGGUCGUCGACGAGGCUUAUGAUGGAGGAGGUAGCGCAAGAGGAUGACGAGGACGAAGAGCCUUUUGAGGGGCCUAUUGACAUUCCUCGAUUUUCCAUGUCAUCGCCUGCUGGGCCAUCUUCUGAAGCUAGGUUUGCUGCUGCAGAGGCGGAGGGAGAAGAGGAGGAGGAGGCGGUGGAGGAGGCGGUGGAGGAGGCGGAAGAGGCAGAAGAGGCAGAGGCAGAAGAGGUAGAUGCAGAAGACGCAGAGGCAGAGGAUGAGCCUCAGCCCAAUCCCCGCUUCUCACAGCUUCGAGAGAAGGACUUGGAUCCCUGUCAUGACAUGAGCGCAAUCUCAGAUUCCGAGGACGACACAUUGCCUUUUGCGAGAGUCACGGCCACUCCAUCUGUGAGCGGAGAGCAGACGCCCAGGGCCCGAGCCAGUCGUAGCUCGGCGAGACAGUCCCGCAGAUCAACUCUGGGAUUCGGAGGUCUGUCUGAACAGCUCGGGACUUGGUCAGCUGCAAGCCCCGUUAAGAGCGCACGCUCCUUUGUGGUGGAGAAUGAGCCUGAGGAUGUUGAGGUUGAGGAAUCGAACCAGGACACACCCAUGAAGAAUGCAUCGCAGCCUGAGGGCGUUGCGCUGCUGGACAUGGAAGACAUCGAGGAUCAGCAGCUGGACGAGGGAACCAUGAUCACAGACGAAGACAUGGCUCUGGCUCAAGAAGCCAAUGAAAUGUCGCUCAUGGACCCCAAAGAGGAGGAGGAGGAGGAUGCCUCCAAUACACGCCACUCUUUCGACGACAGCUUGUCAGACGCCAGCCAGGAGUACGGGGACGAAAACCAAGUGCCGAUCGAAAGCCCUACGCCUAGCGCGGCGCCUCGGGCACCGCCGCCGGUCACUCCCGUGUCUCGGCCGGUAACGCGGUCAUUCAACACGACCACCAAGGUGCCCCUGAAAGCAGCCGACAAUUCCACCCCCAGUCCGCUGAAGAAGAAGAGCUUGAGCACCCCGCGAGCGGCUCCGAAGCGCCCCAGUCAGCCAAAGAGGGCCGCCCCUGUCCUGGCUUAUACUCCCGAUAGGCCACGGAGGCGAAGCUCACGGAACAUCAGCACCAUCUCCGAGGAGCCUGAGCAGGCCGCCGAAGAACCCUCGAUGCCGGAGCCGAAAACGCCGGAAGCCAAAAUGGACCUGUGGGCAAGCAUCGGGACACCGGCGCGUACCCCCCGAAGGGACCUCAACCCCAAUCUGCUCCGCGGGGCCAUUGUGUUUGUAGACGUGCACACGAGCGAGGGCGCGGAUGCUAGUGGCAUAUUCGUGGAGGUGCUCACACAGAUGGGCGCCCGGUGUCCCCAGAAGUGGAACUGGAACCCCAGCAACGCAAGCAACGGCGAGUCGACCAAGGUGGGCAUCACCCACGUCGUCUUCAAGGACGGCAGCAAACGCACCCUGGAGAAGGUCCGAGAGGCCAAGGGGGUCGUCCAGUGCGUGGGCGUCAGCUGGGUCCUGGACUGCGAGCGCGACAACAAGUGGCUGGACGAGGCGCCAUACAACAUCGACACUAGCAACGUUCCUCGCGGAGGAGCUCGUCGCCGGAAGAGCAUGGAGCCCAAGUCCAUCUCGAACAAGGACGGCAGCGCGGUCAGCAGCAGCUCGUCCAAGGAGAGACGCGAGUCGGCGUCUAGCACAUCGAGCUCGGCCAAGACGCCCAACCGCAGGCAAAGCAGCAUCUGGGUGCGCACGCCGUCAGACCCGGGCGAUGAGGAGCAGGAGGAGGAGGAGGACAUUGAGUGGUCCAACCUCAUUCUGACGCCCGUUCCCAAGACGCCGGCCCCGGAGGCGAUUAUGAAGUUUGCUACCGAGACGCCGUCCAACCUGGACGACGAUGAGUAUGACGAGGAUGACGGGUCACCGACGAGAGAGGAGCUGUUGACGCGGACCUGCCCUCCCAAGGCGCAAAAGUACCUCGAGCUUGGCGGCGGCAUCCUGUCGAGGUCCAAGGACACGGACGAGAAUGUGAUGCAGCGGCUGAUGGCUGCUCGGCGCAAGAGUCUACAGUUUGCCCCCAAGGUGGGCAGUCCCUUGGCCAGGAUGUGGCAGUAAAGGAUGGAUCAGCAAGCCCGGUUUAUGAUUUUUAUUUUCUCUCUCUACUUUUUUAUCGUUCUUGAAGCUGCAUAGGAUAAGGGUAACACACGAAGCUUGCGUUGGCUAGUCGCUCACUUGGAAAGGGGGGAAAGGUUGUUUAUGCACUUGGUUUAUGGGAUCCCCAGGAUGAAUCUUCGUACAUUAGCAUCAGGACAUGCAUGGCGUCUGGGAAUAACGAACAAGA